AUGGUUAAACUGGUGAUCGAUACGGAUGGAGUUUGUGAUGAUAUUCGAGCUAUUUGCAUGGCAUUGACAAGACCCGGUGUUGAGGUGUUAGCCAUCACUUGUGUCCAAGGAUGUACACCCGUUCACCAGGCUGCCCUCAAUGUGAUUCGAGCACAACGAGCAUCCGGGAUUGAGAAACGAAUCCCCGUUUACAUGGGUGCCGCGGAUCCGUUGAUUGCUCGAGAAGUUGUCACCGAUGAGACAUCAUUUUUCGGGAAAGAUGGAUUAGGAGAUACCGGAGAGAAACAAGAUCCAAAGACGCGUCCCGAUGACGAUUCUCUCAUUGAAUCCGAUCCAUCAGCGAUUGGUUUGAUCAAGAUUUUCCGCGAACAUCCCGAUGCGACUCUUGUUGCGAUUGGCCCACUCACAAAUGUUGCGUUGGCGAUGAAGCUCGAUCCGGAGUUUAAACAGCGACCGAAACGGGUUGUCAUUAUGGGAGGCAAUUAUUUGGGUAUCGGAAAUGUUCACUCGAACAGCUCGGCCGAGUGGAAUUUCCAUGGAGAUCCCGAAGCAGCGCAUAUUGUGUUGAGUGAGAUGGAGGCUCCAAUCACCCUUGUCCCGUGGGAGUGUUUUUACAUUGAAGGGCCAAAGCAUCAAAAGAUCAUUGAUUUCUCUUCUCAUCUCCAAUAUGAGACACCGUUGGCGAAAUUUCUAAAUGCCGCAUUGGAAAUGGGGAGAAUCGCGAUGGAAAGGAAUGGACGGCAAUAUUCUUAUUGUGAUGAAAUCGCGGUCGCGACAGCGAUCGACGAGGGAAAAGUGGCGCUGAAAAGGAGAAAAAUGAGGGGAUCCGUCGAAUUAUCAGGCAAAUAUUCAAGAGGUCAGAUUGUGCUCGAUUGGACGGGUGAGCUGUGGGAUGCGGACAGAGAGAAGAUUUUACCCGAAAGUCGAAAAUUGGAUCUCUCUCGUCGUCCGCUCACUUUUGUCACCGAAUACGAUGUUCACGUGAUCGACUCAUGGCUUCACGAAUCAUGCAAAAACUCCACGAAACUUUCCGAGUUU